GAACUCUCAGCCCCCCUCCCUUCCUCAGAACCCACUUUCUGACCCCAUUGUUAUCCUAAGGCUUGUUCGAAUUUGAUUUGACCAAGUGAACAGCUUUUCAUGGACUCUAGCUCUUCAUAAGAAGAACCAAGGACAGUCGGGUCGCCAUGUCUGCCCGUGCCAAAUUAGCAGAGCUGCGCGCUCUCCGCGCCGCGGGCAAGAAACGCCUUUCCACGUAUGAGGUGGAGGAACAGGGCGAUGUCUACGAAGAGGUCGAUGACGAAGGGUACAAGAAAAUCAUCCGCAAUCGGCUCGAUCAGGACGACUUCGUGGUCGACGAUAACGGCGAAGGAUACGCGGACGACGGUCGCGAAGUGUGGAACGAGCGCGGCGCCGACUACGACAGUGAAAGCGAGGACGAUGAAUUGCCUGCCCGGAGCAAGGCUGCCAAGCGGAAACGUGAAGAAGAGAAGCAGAGGAAGGAAAAAAUCAACAACGGGAUCUCGAAAUACUUCAACAGCGGGGCUGCGCCGUCCGCCCCGAAGCCCAAGCCAGUGGCUACCGCAGAGGAUGAUGCCUUCAUGGCUGACCUCCUUGGAGAGGUCGAUACCAACGUCGUUCCGCAACGCCUACCGACCCGAAAUAUCGUCAAGUCCGAGACUCGACGCAAAGUCCGGAUCCUGUCCCCGCCGCUCUCGGACAGAACGCGAAAGGAUGCGCAUAUUAAGAAGGAUGAGAAUAGUGAUUCGGUUUCUCCGGUAAAGGAUCAGUCGGAUACUAACAUGGACGACGACUAUGAUGAUGGUCCGCUUCCCAACAUGGAUGAUGAGGACUUUCCCAUGAGUGAUCCAAUGCCUUCAUCGCCUAUCAGCAAGGCCAUCGAGAGGAAGACAACGGCUGUGGCGGUCAAGGUAGAAGAAUCGGACGAGGAUGACACCGACCUGAUGGAGGUCACGCAAGCUACUGGCCAGAACGAAGCCAAGGCAGCAAGUAUCAACAUGGCUGGGAGCCGACCAGUGCCUAAACUUAAGAAGGAGUCUUAUCCUUCGAUCGCCAGCUCUUCUCCUGCCAAGGCUCUAUCAGACGUUGAUGCAUCUUGGAACGACGUCCGAAGCAAGCUGAACGUUCUCAGCAGCCCCGCCCACUCUGAGAUGCGAACCUUCGGAAAACUACGUCCACAAGACGUUGUUGAGGAAGAUGGGAGCUUACGUAUGUUCUGGUUGGAUUUCACUGAGGUCAACGGGAGCCUGUGCUUGUUCGGAAAGGUGAAGAAUAAACAGACAGGCUCCUAUGCCAGUGCCUUCGUCAAAGUCGACAAUAUCCUCCGAAAAUUAUACUUUCUUCCCCGCGAGAACCGUCACAAGCACGGGCGCGAGACCGAUGAAGAGGUGGAUAUGGAAGAUGUCUAUCGCGAAGUAGACGAUAUGAUGUCGAGGUUGCGAGUGGGAAUGCACAAGAUCAAGCCGUGCACGCGCAAGUAUGCGUUUGAGGUGCCCGGCAUUCCGAAAGAAACGGAUUAUCUGAAGCUUCUCUACCCUUAUGAUAAGCCUGCAUUGCCCAUGGACGUCAAGGGGGAGACAUUCUCCCACGUCUUCGGUACUAACACGGCCUUGUUCGAACAAUUUGUGCUCUGGAAAAACAUUAUGGGUCCAUGUUGGCUGAAAAUUGAAGAAGCAGACUUCUCGGCUGUCAACAAUGCCUCCUGGUGUAAGUUUGAAUGCCAGGUGUCGAAGCCUGCGCUCAUCUCUCCGGUGCCCGAUUCCGAGAAUCUGGACGCACCGCCUCUCACAUUAAUGAGUCUUUCGUUCCGCACGCAACUCAACGUCAAGGAGAACAAGCAAGAGAUUCUGGUGGCCAGUGCCAGAGUCUACGAGAAUGUCUCUCUCACGGACACUACUCCCCCGGAGAAGCUGCCUUGCAAAACUUUCACGGUUAUGCGGCCGGUGGGCACCUCUUACCCCAUGCACUUCGAAGCCGAAACCCGGAAGCAACGAGGUACAUUCAUGCUGGAAAGGAGCGAGCAGUUUCUGCUCAGUAAAUUCCUGGCACUGUUCGAGAAGAUGGAUCCUGAUGUCCUCAUGGGGCACCAGCUCCAGGAAGUCGACCUCAGCGUUCUUCUCAACCGACUCAAGGAAAAGAAGACGCCAGGAUGGCAUCGCCUCGGGCGACUGAAACGUGGAGACUGGCCUAAGAACUUCAACAGGGGUGGAGGUUUCUUCGCUGAAAGGCAUUUGAUCGCAGGACGAUUGAUGUGUGAUGUGGCUAAUGACAUGGGCAAGUCUCUGAUGAUGAAAUGUCAAUCUUGGAGCCUGACAGAGAUGUGCGAACUCUACUUGGGACAGGGCAAUACGAGACAAGAACUAGACACCGAAGCAGCCUUGAAAUCUUGGGCUACCACGAAAGAUGGUCUCAUGAAUUUUGUGAACCAUUGUGAUGCAGACACCUACUUCAUCGCCGCUCUUGUCUUGAAGCUGCAGAUGUUACCUCUGACCAAAGUGCUCACCAAUAUUGCUGGUAAUUCCUGGGCAAGGACGCUCAGCGGUACGCGCGCCGAGCGGAACGAGUACAUUCUCCUCCACGAAUUCCACCGGAACAAAUACAUCUGUCCUGAUAAAUACUCUUCCAAGCUGUUGAAAGCGGAAGAGAAACUCCAGGAAGGUGACGAGGACGACUCGGCGGACAAGAAAAAGAAGGACAAAUAUAAGGGUGGUCUGGUUUUUGAACCCGAGAAGGGCCUUUACGACCGCUUUGUCCUAGUCAUGGACUUUAACAGUCUGUACCCGAGUAUCAUUCAGGAGUUUAACAUCUGCUUCACAACCGUGGAACGGACGGCAACUGCCGAGAAUGACAAGGAGGAGAAAGUACCCGAGGUCCCGUCGUCAGAGCAAGAGCAGGGUAUCCUGCCCCGCCUAAUCGCAACUUUGGUCGGUCGUCGACGUGAGGUGAAGAAGUUGAUGAAAGACAAACGCGCGACGCCUGAGCAGCUCGCUCUCUGGGACACUAAGCAGUUGGCCUUCAAGCUGACGGCCAACUCUAUGUACGGAUGCUUGGGUUACACGCAGAGUCGCUUUUAUGCUCGUCCCUUGGCCAUGCUUACUACCUUCAAGGGGCGUGAGAUUCUCAGAAGCACCAAGGAGCUGGCGGAGUCGAAACAACUCCGUGUCAUCUACGGUGAUACUGACUCCGUCAUGAUCAACACGAAUAUGGACACUAUCAGCGAUGCGAUUAAGGUCGGUGAGGAAUUCAAGAAGUCGGUGAAUGAGCGUUAUCGACUAUUGGAGAUCGAUAUCGACAACAUCUUCCGUCGUCUCCUCUUGCAUGCCAAGAAGAAGUACGCUGCCGUCAACAUCACAGAAGUAGACGGCAAGUACGUUGACAAGCUGGAAGUCAAGGGUCUCGACAUGAAGAGACGUGAGUACUGCUCACUGUCGAAGGAAGUUUCUCAGAAACUGUUGAAUGAGGUUCUCUCUGGCGAGGACCAAGAACUUGUUCUUAACCGGAUCCACGACUACCUGCGCGAUCUUGCAGGCAAGAUGCGAGAGUUCACUGUCCCUGUGCAGAAAUACGUGAUUUAUACGAAACUCUCCAAGCGACCUGAGGAAUACCCCAACAAGGAGACAAUGCCUCCAGUGCAGGUCGCCCUGCGCGAGCUCGCUCGAGGAAAGACGGUUCGUCCCAAUGACGUUAUCUCCUACAUCGUGACCAGUGGGGAUUCGGAAACUGCAUCCCUCCCACCUGCCAAACGUUCGUAUACACUGCAGGACGUGAUGAAGCCCGACUCGGAGCUCAAGCCCGACAUCGAGUUUUAUUUGCUCAAGCAGAUCUUCCCGCCUAUUGAGCGUCUAUGUGCUCCUAUCCCCGGUACUGAUGCUGUUCGGUUGGCGGAGUGUUUGGGCCUCGAUGUCCGCAAAUAUCAGAUCAACACUUCUACUGCAAGCAACCAGCAGAACGCUGACAUCUUCCCGCUGGAAUCGCAAAUCCCCGAUUCGGUCCGUUUCGAAAGCGCAGCCCGACUCACCCUCACCUGUCGGUCCUGCAAGGAGAAAUCGGUGUUUGAAGGGUUGCUCGGGUCCGUUCAUAUGUGCACAGCCAACGGCGUUAUCUGCCCCAACCAAGCCUGUCAGAAACCUUUCUCGGUUUUGACCAUCGUUGCGCAGCUGGAAACCCAGAUCCGGGCCCAGACUUCCAAAUACUAUGAGGGCUGGCUUGUCUGCGACGAUACGGCCUGCGGUAACCGGACGCGUCAGAUCAGUGUAUACGGGCACCGCUGCCUGGGUCCUAAAGGUCACGCUGAAGGUUGUCUUGGUCGCAUGUCCUACGAGUACACGGAAAAACAGAUGUACAACCAGCUGCUCUACUUUGCCGGACUUUGGGAUGUCGACAAGGCUCGAACUGCGGCUGAGAAGGAUGGGAAUGCGGAGAAGAAGGACAGUGUGGCAGCGUUAGUUGAGUUCAACCGUACCCGGUUUGGAACUGUCAAAGGGGUCGUGGACGCAUAUCUAAAGAAGUGCGGACGACAAUGGGUCGAAAUGGAUAAUCUAUUUACAUUUGUACAUAUCAGCAACUUUUCUGUUUUACCGGGCCCCGCACUCCCCUCCUCCGGUCCCCGAUCAGUGACUCCCGCCAUCCAUUGCCGGGUUGACUCGCUCGGGCAACUCGAUCCCAAUCUGGGCUACUCGAGUGUUAUCAUGUCGGUUAAGAAAGUUCUGGUCAUUGCGGGGUCGGACAGCUCGGGUGGCGCGGGUCUAGAAGCGGACCAGAGAGUUCUGGCUGCUCACGGCGUCUAUGCACUGACCGCAACCACCGGUCUUACAGCGCAGAACACUCUGGGAGUGCAAGAUAUCUUUAUCAUUCCGCCUGAAUUUGUCAAGAAACAGAUCAAUGCUGGCCUCGAAGAUGUCGGUGCGGAUGUAGUCAAAUUGGGAAUGCUCUCCUCCGCGGAGACAAUUAAUGUGAUUGCCGAGGCUCUGGUCACGCAUCAGAUUCCUGCGGUGGUGCUGGAUCCGGUCAUGGUGUCAACAAGUGGAUCGCAACUGCUCCCUGGGGCCGCUGUACAAGUCCUGCGGUCGAAAUUGCUUCCCCUGACCACCAUCCUCACCCCGAACAUCCCAGAAGCUCUGCUACUUCUCAAGGACUCCGGAAUUGAUGUUUCCGAGCCUACUGACCUCCCUGGAAUGGUACAGCUGGCCAAGCAGAUCUGUUCCUUGGGCUCAAAGGGAGUCUUGCUCAAGGGCGGUCAUUUGCCCCUCACAAAAGAUCAUAAGACCGCGCAAAAUCAGGAGGAUGCGUGCAUCGUCGUUGAUGUACUGUAUGAUGGCGAGGAAGUCACCUUGUUCGAGACGGACUUCCUCAUCUCGAAGAACACGCAUGGCACGGGCUGUUCGCUGGCCUCGGCCAUUGCGGCCAAUCUCGCCCUCGGUAAGGGCAUGAAGCGGGCCGUCCAGAGCGCUGUUCGGUUUGUUGAAGCCGGUAUCAAGACCAGCUUUGAUAUCGGCAAGGGGAGUGGGCCGAUCAACCACUUCCACUCGUUGUAUAGCCUGCCGUUUGCACCCGGUCGUUUUAUAGAGUAUGCGCUGGAUCGUCCUGACGUUCAGGAAGCUUGGAAGAAGUUUACGGAGCAUGAGUUCGUCCGGCAGUUGGGCGAUGGCACACUUCCUUUGGAGAGAUUCAAAUCAUAUCUCGUCCAGGAUUAUCUUUACUUGAUUCAAUUUGCACGGAGCAACGCUUUGGCUGCAUACAAGGCGGGGAGCAUGGAAUCAAUCGCCGCGUCUUCGCAAAUUGUCCUACAUAUCCAACGCGAAACAGCGUUACACCUAGAUUACUGUGCCUCCUUCGGACUGACCAAAGAGGAAAUGGAGAAGACUCCGGAAACCAUUGCGUGCACUGCGUAUAGUCGGUAUAUCCUCGACGUUGGCCAGUCGGGAGAUUGGCUCGCCCUACAGAUGGCUCUUGCGCCUUGCUUAAUCGGCUACGGAGCUAUCGCACAACGACUCUACACGGACAAAGAUUCGGUGCGGGAGGGUAACCGGUACUGGAAGUGGGUUGAGAACUAUGUCGCCGACGACUACACCGAGGCAGUGCGUCUGGGGUCCGAAUUGCUUGAAAAGCAUAUGCGAGAGGUCUCGCCCAGUCGGAUGGAGGAAUUGAUUAAGAUUUUCGUGCGGGCGACGGAGUUGGAGAUCAGAUUCUGGGACAUGGGUCUGGGUGGUGGCGAAUCUUGUUAGCAGUGGGACUAUUCACUCUUUCAGUUUCGAGAUGACGGACUAUGGUAAAUAUUGCUUUGGAAAUGGAGAGUUAUUCAAGAUUGUGUAUGAGUAGAGUAUAUAGCUGAGAACUGGACUACUAAGCAUGACGAUCGACUUGGAUAAUCAAUGAUGAGAUACUAUUUAUG